UCUUCUUCUUCGUGGCUCUGUAUUUGAGUCGGUGUUGACAGUCCGGAGCAGCUCCCAUUUUUCUCCCAGAAAAUUCUUAUUUUCUUAACAUUGUACCGGACUAAAAGCUCCGUAGUGCCGCGGCAGAUGACCGGUAUGGAGGAAUAUCACAACGGCAGCGAGGGCUCCUUUAACUCUGAGGAAGCUGACAGCCUUGUCAAAGAGUGCAUCGAGAGCGUGGUGGGUGGAGACGACUACAGUCAGAGUCAGGUGAACAAGUGGACGGCCAGCAUCGUGGAGCGCUGCCUCACUCAGCUGGUCAAACAGGGGAAACCAUACAAGUUCAUCGUGACGUGUGCUGUGAUGCAGAAAACCGGGGCCGGCCUGCACACGGCCAACUCCUGCUACUGGGACACGGCCAUGGACGGUAGCUGCACCGUCAGAUGGGAGAACCGCACCAUGUACUGUGUGGUCAGUGUGUUCGCUGUGGCCAUCGCAUAGACACACACACACACACAGACACACACACACACACACAACGAGCACCAGGAAGGGUUGUAGUGUGUUUCUUCGACCAGCAGGGGGCCACCAAGUGCCAAACAGUUGGAAGCUUCAGCUCUGAAGGAAAGACAACAGAUGCAUGCAGACAUCAAAGUAUUUAUCUCCUCAUAUCACAACAGUGCUUUAUGUAUCUCUUUAGCAUCAUUAUUCUUCUGUGUUUCUCAUGAUUAUCAUUUUUGUACUCAAGGCUGUUUCGCUGCAGGAAAAUAAACACAAAAACAUUUCAGAGCAAACGACAGUGUUCACUCACUUAUUUUCAAUUUAAAUGAAAACACCACAGCUGCAGAUGACAAAAAUAAAGUAUAUGAAUAUUAUGAUAUAAUGAUUGUGGAAAGCUGUUAGUGUCUGAAGGGUUCAAAGGGGUGAUUCUCAUGAACAUGGUACAGCUCAUAGCAAAAAUCCAAGAUCAUUGAAUACAUAUUUUCUUUGAUCCUUUAUAACAUAUACAAUCUAAAGUCACUGUUUAAUAUGAAUUUAUAAUCUUUUUUUUUUUUUUUAGUUAUGGUUUUUUCUGACAUCUUUAGAUGUGAGCAAGACACAAGACACAAAUAAAAUAGAGUCCCACUAGAAUAAAAACCAGCGUUGAUGACAGGAUCACACACAAUCACAAGAUCACAUUUAUGUUGGUUUUUCUUUGUUUCUUUUUGGUUCAAAAUGUUGAUCCAGUAAGUCAGAAUAAAAAAUCAAUUAUUAUCAGGUCAUAUAGGUGAGG